CUCCGGCGGAGGCUCGCGCGUAUUCCCGUUCGAGCGACCGAGCUUUCUAGUCGGACGCCCGCUCGCAUUGGAAGCUCGUGUCACUUCCGCGAAUACGAAGUUCAUAUCCACCCGCACAUAAACGUGCACCCUGGCCCGACAAUUCAACGCGGCACGGUGUGGCGCGACGCAGAACAGGAAUCGCCUGGAAAGUAGAGCAGCGUCUAGGACAGCAAAAUGGCGGUCGUGAUAAACAAAUGAUAAGGGUGGUGAGCAGCAAUUUCGUGAAAAACGCGCAAUUCGGUGCUUGUUAACGGUGGUGCAUAAUUAUUUCCCGAUUGUGACCGAAAAGCGAUAUCCGGUAUCAUUGCCACGAACUUCAAUGGGAAAGAAAUCACGAAACAGAAAUACGACACGUUUUUCCAUAACGUCCUCCUCCCUUUGUGAAGCCUCUUGAAGAAAGUUCGUUUCGAUCUUAAAACACGAGAGUGUAUGUCACGGAAAGCUAUUUGUGUGUAUUUACGCUGAUGUGUGAGCGUUCGAUUAUCGAUCUCGAAUUCUCCGGUGCAACAGAGUACAGACGGCACCAGAAUGUUCGCGAGAAGAACAACAUGGAGUCCAGCUGCAAACGAAGUCGGAAUUAUAAAAAACGAUGUUGAUUUGACGAAUUGACAGACUUAAUAAAAGGAAUUUAAUCGUGUCAUUAACAUGCAUCUACAUUUCGAGAAAAACAACAAUGCCAAAUGCGACUGCAACAUUUUGUCGCUCAGCUGGAUGGGCAAAGUGCCGGAUGAGUCGCCGGAAGACGAAGGAUGGAAGCUCGAUCGUACAAAUUAUUAUCAAGAGGGAUGGUUAGCCACCGGCAAUGCUCGCGGCUUGAUAGGAGUGACUUUUACCACGUCGCAUUGUCGCACCCGAGCUACGGAACUUCCACUUAGGGCGAAUUAUAAUUUACGAGGACACCGCAGUGAAGUGAUACUCGUAAAAUGGAAUGAACCUUACCAGAAGUUGGCCACGUGCGACAGUUCCGGUGUAAUCUUCGUCUGGAUCAAAUACGAAGGACGAUGGAGUAUAGAAUUAAUCAAUGAUAGGAGUACUCCUGUUACACACUUUUCUUGGUCCCACGACGGACGCAUGGCGCUCAUAUGUUACAGAGAUGGUUUUGUCUUGGUGGGCAGUGUAGCUGGUCAGAGGUAUUGGUCGUCGAUGCUCAACGAUAAAGCAACGAUAACUUGUGGCAUAUGGACUCCAGAUGACCAACAGGUCUAUUUUGGGACGACUGCGGGACAGCUAAUUGUGAUGGACGUUCACGGAGCUAUGGUAUCAGAAAUACAACUGGGGGCUGGCGUUACAUCGAUGGCUUGGAGUGCCGAAAAAUUUACGAUGGAGGAAGGAGACGACGAUAUGACAAGCGACCGGUCUCAGAAAGAUGAUCGAGGUUACGUGUUGGCCGUUUGUCUUGUUGAUGGAAACAUUGUCAUGCUGCGCUCAUUUGACGACGUAUCGCCGAUCACGAUACACAGCAAGCUAAAGACGCCCUUGUACGCCGAGUGGAGCAACUCUAGAAAACUGUUGGCCAUUGCCGGCACAAAGGAGACCGACAUUCUUCAGAAUAAUUUACAAGAAUACACGAAUCUCUUGAAAUUCUAUUCGGUUAAUGGUACCCUCGUAUAUACGACAACGAUUCCGUAUACGCAAUCCCCAGUAUCGGCAUUAACGUGGGGACAUAACGAUAGGCGACUCUUUGUAGCGACCGGGACGCGUGUUCAUGCAGCGUGGGUUUCCAGAAGGGUCGGUUCGCUUCAACUAUUAUCGAGAUUAGCAGUGAGAGCAGCCCUCGCGCGGGAGUCCAAUGUGCAACAACUUCCGUUACCACCAAGAUUAAAAGCUUCAGUGGCUGCUCUCUUCGCUAGUACAAUACGAUAUUCAGUGCCAGAACCGAAAGAGUUGCGUCGAUUUGUAUCAAGGCCACCGCCGGGAGGCAGCCGGUUACAUUGUACGAUGCUGAGACAUGCCAUAGAACCUAUGCCGUGUUAUACACUCUAUCUAGAAUAUUUAGGCGGCCUUGUGCCACUUUUGAAGGGCAGACGAAUUAGCAAGAUUAGGCCUGAAUUUGUAAUAUUCGACCCGCAGAGUCAGGAGACACUACAAGUGCUUGAUGAUACGUCGCAGUGUCCGUCGUUCAGUGAUGGCUCGGACACUGAGAGGGAUACCGCGGACUUGUGUGGCUCGCCACGAAACAGAAAGAAAAAUAGGAGGAAAAAAGAGGAGAAGUUGAAUGACGAAACAGAUGAUCUUACGUACACGGAUACCUUACCAGAGUAUGCGAGACUAGUCGAAGUAACGUCAAAUAUUUGGGGCACUAAAUUUAAAUUUCAUGGCUUGGCGGAUUCGAUUCCUGCUAACUUAGGUCAAGUGACUUAUCGAACGUCGUUAUUGCAUCUACAGCCGAGACAAAUGACACUAAUAAUGACUGAACUUCGAGAUGAUUUACCUUCAGGACCGGAUCCCACAUUUAACCCCAAUUUGUUCUCCGAGGAUGAAGAGGAAUCGUAUCAAGAUUUUCAAGCUAGUUCACGGACUACUAUGGAAACGCAGCCACCACCAAUCGCACCGAUGACUUCUCGCAACACCCGACUCAACUCAAAUCGACCCAAGUCUCAAAUUUCUAAUCAGUUCCUAACAUCAGAGACCUUAUCCUCGUCGUUAGCAAGAGUCGAAAGCUACGAAAACGAGUAUUCAUAUGUAGAUAUGCAGGACAUGAGUAAUCUAUAUGAAAAUAUUAGAAAUGCUCCUACAAACACUUAUCGUACACCGCCGAGGCAUAAUCCGCCGCGGUGUUGCGAUGUGCCAGCUUUGCAAUCGCCGAAGAACGCGGUGGCGCCUACACAGACACUAAUAGCAACUUCAAAUGCUAAUGCCGACUUCGUCAACAGUAUCCAAAGAAUGAAAAACGUUCUCGCAGAUCAGCAGGUGGGUGUAACUGUGAAAAAAGAGUUGGAGAAUAACAAGUUCCAUCAAUUUUCGCAAGACGACAAACCGAACCUGACGUGUUGUUCAGCGAACAUUAUUUCUAUGUCAAUGCACAACGGUCAAACUUUGAACGCGGAAGCAUCGAGCAGCCGAAAUAUUUCUCAGGCCUCAAUCUUGAAGACUUUAGAAAACACCGUUGAGUGCACCUCAACACAAACUGUGUAUCUGAAUGGUUUAAGUAAUACCGCGUGUGAAAAUAAUGUCAACUCGAUCACUGCACCGCAUAUUAGCACCAUUCAAGCCGCGACAUCACAUAACACUAAUAGUUUUGUAUAUACUAAAAAUAAUCAAAAUAUCGGAACGAAUAUGACGAGCGCUGAUAUAACGCCUUCGAAUAGUUCUUCUCACACACAACUAGGACAAGGAACGAUUUUGCUGAAUAAAAGCGGCAUGCACGCUAUUGCCGGUAUGGUUUCACCGGCGUGUUCCUAUCAGUUUCCAGAAAAUAUCGAUCAGUGUUUCGGGUCCUCAUGUUCGCAGUGUUUUUCGAAAUAUGGAGGUAAGGAUCUCAAAUGCCAUGUGUGCUAUGGAAAGACAAAUUCCGAUUAUGCGAACGUCGGGACGCCUUCUACUGGUAAACUGGAUGAGAUGCAUUUCAUCGACGAUGAAACUCGUGGCGAUACGGAAACUUUGGAGCAAUUACGUAGCGUACAUAGGACUUCUACAGUAAUCAGUAUCAGUCCGAUGUGCUCAAGCGAUUCAAUAGUUAGAAGCUGCAGCGUCGGAUACUUAGACUUGGUAGACGCUCAAUUGGUUCCAUGUGACGUAGCUCUAAGAAUGCUCCGGCGAGACGCGCCGGACAAGAGGCUAGUUUUGGUGUCGCGGAAAACGAAACGAAGAAAAAAAAGUAAACCCCAGCACUCUGAUGUAAAUCAACAGAAUUUGAAACCGCCCAGACUCCGCAAUUGUGGCAAGUCUAAGAGUCUUGAUUCUAGUGAUAUUUUUCCGAGUAACGAACAUAUAAUUUCUUCAUCGCAAUUGCCAGAACACAUUGAGGAAGCAAUAAGUCCGGCGAAUUGCGAAGUUGCUGAAGACAAGUACAUUGAAUCUGUAUUACCGUCAAUAGAUGUAAUACGCGAAGUUAUACCUAAACACGAGGAAAUUGAGAAAAACGUUGUCGGAGCUGUUGUAAGAGAAAAAUCGAGCCAAUUAGAAGCUGCUGUAUCUCCUGCUAAAGGCUCGAGUCCGAGUGGAUCUUUUGCUUCAUCGCUUGACGGUCUUGCCGCGAGACUUCGAGAUUUCGAUGAGAGGCAUUCUUUACCACCACCUUCCCCGCGUCCAUCAUCAAGAUUGCCAAGGAGUUCGCCUAGUAGCCCAGCACCUUCUAAAAAAGGCAAACGACCAGCGUCAGCUUCCCCGAUUCGAAGAAGGCUUUUAUCGAGUCCAUUAUUGAGCAGAAGAAUGAGAAAAAGUCGCGGCGAAAGCUCGGAUGAGGAAGGGCUUCUUCAAAACGACUCCUCAACAAGUUACCGAGAUCUAGAGACGUUUCAAAAAGCUCAGUUACGUCAAAAGUUAAAGCAAAAAGGAGCAGCAGUUUCUAGUUCCAAACCAGAAGUGAUAAGGCGCGAAUUAGUAAUGCAUAACAAAGCACCUAUGUGGAACGAAUCUAGUCAAGUAUAUCAGCUCGAUUUUGGUGGCAGAGUGACUCAAGAAAGCGCCAAGAAUUUUCAAAUUGAAUUUAGGGGUAGACAGGUGAUGCAGUUUGGCAGAAUAGAUGGCAACGCAUACACAUUAGAUUUCCAAUAUCCGUUUAGCGCUUUACAAGCGUUUGCCGUUGCUCUAGCAAAUGUCACACAACGGCUAAAGUAACUGUCAUCUCCAAAUGACGUUUAGAAUAUACGGUGAGGAAUAAUAGAACUUUCAAAAUUUCAAGCACGUGAACAUAUUAAAAUUUGAAUAAAGAAACAAGGUCGAUUUUUAUCAAGCGGGAAUAAAAGUCUGUUUAGACUUUUUGAUUGUCUGGACUUAAAAUAGUGUAUAUUGAUGGAUGUGUUAUAUUGAUGAUACUGACAAAUUUGCAUAAUUCUUAUUAAGCUAUUGAUACCAGUAAUGAUUUUAUGUACCAGAGGAGAAUUUUAUGUGUAACCAGAAAUUGUCAAAGUUUCGAGAUAAACGAGAUGUUGGACAUGUAUAUGCAAACCGACAACCGAACCAAGUACACUAAUUUGUGUAUAUUUACACAAGUAUCUAAGUACUAUACUGUACAUAAGUAUAGUUACGAGCGAAUUGAUUUCGAGCGGAAUACAAAGGUUUCUAUGUAUGUAUAACGUUUCGUUGAAUGCUUCUUCGUCGUACCGUCCAGAGUAUUUCGUUUUUCCCAACUUCGAGCGCUCGUUUUGUAUAGUUUAUGCGACAUGUUGGAGUUUAAUGACGCUGUUAAAUAUUCAUCUCGUUUAUUUUUGCGAUCCGCCGAAUGUAUUCGAAUUUUAUACAUAUACUAUAUGGAUGAACUCGCACAUGUAGGGCGAAACUUUCAUGUUAUUUAAUUAAAUGUUUCUUAAAUGCGUAUGCUAAGAGUUAUGAUGAUAAUAGUAACAACAAUGAUAAUGAUGAUGAUGAUAAUAAUAAUAGUAAUAAUAAUAAUAAUAAUAAGAACGAUUUUAAUGUGUAAUAAUAGUAUUGUAACGUCCGGCCUGUAAUGGUUUUCGCCAUUAACAGUAACAGAGCAGACUGAUUCUAAAGGAAGAGACGGAAAGGACAAAGCGAAAGUAUGCAUGUAUAUAUACGAAUGUAUGCAUUGAGAUAACUGUUGUCUAUACUUAAUCCGACUUGAACGAUUGCACCGUGGUAUUGACUUCAUCGGUUCGAAUGUGGCGCGUGCAAAUGCAAUUUUGACAUGUAUCAGGUCUACGUGAAGGAAUACCAGUGAGAAAUUUGUUAUGUUCUAGUCUUUUUAUAAUAACUGAAAUGUCAAUCACAAUCAAUCGCAAUGCUCAUUGCAACGAUAUUCAUAAAUUGAUUGUAACGAUUAGGUCAACUUCAUUGGUUCAAGGUUGGAUUGGUUUAAUUGUUGCAACUGCGAUAUUUGUUUGGUAUUGCGAGAACCAACUAGAAAUGUUAUUGAUAUAAACAUGUGCUAGUGGUGAACAUCACGGCAUUAUUUUACAAUACAUUGUAGUUUAUAUAGAUAUAUAGAUACAUAUAAUGUUUUUUUCCUACGAUUGUGAUUGACGUUAUGCCCAUCGUAAAAGGGUUUAUUCGUAACUGGAAUAUUCGCGGCGAUAAGGAUCGUGAUGAAUUCUACGUUAGAGAUGCAGAAGUCAUAUAAUCCUGUAUAUGUACAAGGAUCCUUUGAAACAACAAUGCGAAAACUUUAUCUUAGUUGUUUCGCCAAUUUACAAAGAACAUACUAGGUCUGUCCCAAAAAUAUCCGACCUUUGCCUGUAUCAUGAGAAAGAGCUAUUCCGGAAUGAUAUGAACAACAUCGCCUUCAAAGUAGUUUCCUUCCGAAGCAAUGACCUUCUGCUAACAGUACACCCACUUGCGAAAGUAGUCCUGGAAGUCGUUUUUCUGAUAGCCAACAGCCCUCGUUGCAUUUCGUUUUAUUUCCUCAACAUCGUCAAAUCUUUUGCCCUUCAACGGAUGUUUCAACCAAAAGCCACACAGGGCUACAUCUGGACUAUACGGAGGUUGACGAAGUUGGACAAUGCCGUGUUUAGUCAAAAACUCCUGAAUCAGGUGAGAUGAAUGAGCAGGUGCGUUUCAGGCAGUCAUUGUGAAAUGCGACGCUCAGAGUUUUCGACGCUCACACAACUGCGUACCGUUGCCCACUGAACAGUUGUUGGGUCGUGCCGCUUGGUAAGGGUAUUUUUAAAGAUCCAACUUAAAUACUAAAUAUCUGUUUACAAUAAAUAUCUGUCUACAAUAGGAUGCUCAGGGACAAAGAUAUACGCAGAGGUCGGAUACUUUUGGAACAGAUUUCGUACAGUCGAGGGAGAAUUCUUACGGAUCACAUACUCUUUUUCCAUAUACGAAACUGCGAUAGACUGGGGCUGAAAGAUAUACAGAAUGUCGCACUUGGAAGCUCUUGCAAUGCUCAUUAUUCUGCGUAAUUUACAUCCUAAGACCAUAUUUUCUCAUGACAUUGCGUAAUCAUUGCAACCGCCGCAAUUUUUUGCGUUGCGAACAUCGAUGGCGCUAAUCGAGAUUUAGAUGCCUUUACACCAAACCGCGUGUUCUGCUUAAGUUUUACUUUCUACUUGCGCGCGCACGAAAAGCCCAUAUUCACAAAUUAACGCCUAGGAAACACAUAUGUAUCUGAUACUUUCUGUUACGCUGUUACGUAACCAGAAUAUAUCAAAUACUUGUUAUGUAUUUGAAUAAUAUAAGGAAAAUAAUUAUAUUAUGAUUA